AUGGCAGAGAAAUGGAUUACAGCCAUAAAAAGUGAUAAUUUAAAGGAUUUGUUGAAUGAAAAUAAACUGGCCCGUUCUUAUCAUAAAGUCUGUAAAAAACAUUUCGAUGAAAGCGAUUUUGCACCGAAUGGGAAGGAUAAAAGCGUGCUUGUGCCCAACUCAGUACCGAGUCGUUUUUUACCGUUACCAGAUGAAACUGUUCAUUGUGCAAACGCCGAAUCAUCGAAUCAACCAGCAACACCUUUGCCCAAAAGAACAGUUAACUCGGCCGAAACAUUAAAACCAUCUAAACCAAAACAACCAGCCAAGCGUUUGACCGAUGGAAACACUGCGAAUUCCGAUUCACUAAAAUCAUCCAGUCCAAUGCCACCAGUGAAACAUCAUCAACAACGACAUCGCCAAAUAACUGAUUCGAUAUCUUUACCAAACUCAAAGAUCGACAAGGAGGAAUGUGAAGAUGAAUGGAUUAAUGUGGAUUCCAUGAACGACCGUGAAGUGUCGAGUACCAAUGAGCUAUGGCGGGACUAUGGCGAAAGGUCCUAUCAGCAGUGGAGAAUCACGGAGAGCAGACUGCUUCGUCAGAUCAAAGAAUUGAAGAAGAGAGUGUCGUCCUUGCAGUUCAAGCUCAAGGAAAACAAAGUCAACGAUAAGAAAGUCAUCGGCUACUUAAGCACCGCCUUGAACGAAAUGCAGUUGGAAUUCAUCAAAAUGCAAAUAACCAACCGGGGUAGACCGAAGCACGGCAGGCGAUAUACUGCAAAACAAAAAAGCAUGUGCCUCGCCAUAUAUAAACAAGGACCGAAACUCUACAGAUUUUUGGGAUCCGGGUUCGUCUUACCAACUAAAAAAACUUUGGGACGGCACAGUGCAAAUAUGAUAUUCACAACCGGAGUCGAUUUCAAAGUGCUCAAAGCUGUGAAAAAUGUGGUAGAUGAAUGGCCAGAAGCAGACAAGUACUGUACGAUAAUGUGGGAUGAAGUGUCUUUACAGGAGCACUUAGACUACUGCUCUACUCAAGACAUCAUCGAGGGUUUUGUUCAACUGACCAAUUCAAGAAUACCUAAAUUUGCAACACACGCUCUGACUUUCAUGGUCAGAGGCAUCAAAAUACAAUUUAAACAGUCGGUGGGUUACUUCUACACAAACGGUCUGUUUGCGUUUGAAUUAGUUGAACUAAUUAAACUCAUGAUCGGGGCCACGAUUAACAUAGACAAAAUUGAGCUUUGUUACGCUGACCAACUGUCGAGUUCCGAAGAACUCAUCGAAAUUAUCGAAGUUGAUGAUAAUUGGGUCGACCACACCCAAAUCGAAAAUGAAGUCCACGGUGUUUGUGCAGUUGAUGCAGACGAUCAAAAUGUUCAUUCUGAAACCGAAAGAGAAGAUUUUUGCAUCGAGAUGGUAGACAAGAGUUUCUCCGAAGAUGAAGCCGAUAAGUCGGAGGCAACAGAUUCAGAAGAUCAAAUCGAAUUGAUCGAGGUUGAAGAGGACUGGGAUCCCGAAGACCAAGAAGCCGUUUGUCAAGAAAUGAAUGUGAAAGAAAUUCCGAAUGAAAUCAGCACCGAAUUUUAUGAUAGAGACGAGGGUACGACGAAUUGA